UGAGGCUCGUUUUCAAUCUAUUUAUCCCUUAAAAUUCAGAAUUCGUCAUCUUUGUUCCAUUUGUUGAUAAAGCAUUAGAAUCUUUUUAAAUAAAUAAAUAUUUCUUAUUCGAAAUGGAGACUUCAUCAGAAUUGUAUGAAGAGGUCAAACUCUUUAGAAAUGCCAGGGAACGCGAGAAGUACGAUAACAUGGCUGAUUUGUAUGCAAUUAUAAAUACGCUACAGCAAUUGGAAAAAGCCUAUAUCCGUGACUGCAUCACAGCUGCAGAUUACACAGCAGCCUGUUCCAAGUAUUUAGUACAAUACAAAGUGGCAUUUAAACAGGUUCAAUGUGAUGAAUUUCCCACAGUAGAGGCGUUUGCCAAAAAAUUCCGAUUAGACUGCCCGGCCGCAUUGGAACGCAUACGGGAAGAUCGACCCAUCACCAUUAAGGAUGACAAAGGAAAUACAUCGAAAUGUAUUGCUGACAUUAUUGCUUGUUCUAUAACAAUUAUGGACACGCUUCGCAUGAAAAUGAACACAAAGGAUGCCUUGCACCUUACACUGAAGGAUUUAGUGGAAAACUAUAAUUGUUUGUCAAUUAUACCCAAAGAUUUCGAAGGAAAGGAAAAAAUGAACAAUUGGCUAAAAAUGCUGGAUGAAAUGACAGCUUCCGAUGAGCUGACAGACGCACAGAGUCGCCAAUUUUUAUUUGAUGUCGAAUCUGCCUACUCAGACUUUUCCAAAUUACUUCAUAACCAAUAGGUGUCAGUGGGUGGGCGAAAGCGAUAUGUCACUAGCUAUAGAUGUAUGUUUUUGUUUUUUUAGCCAUGUAAGAAUAAAUGUAUCCUCAUAAAUAAAAUUUCAAAUUAUAAUGUUUUCCAGUGGGUCUCCACCAUGUUGAUAAAUCAUUGGACAAAACA